AUGAUUCAGAAAGAGCUUCUGGGCUUGAAAAAGAAAGCCCUGGCUCUGAGAAGGGAAGGACGAUUAGAUGAUGCUGAAGAAGAACUGAAGAAAGGCAGUAUUCUUGAGCAUCAGCUUGAAGAGAUCGAAAAUGGUUCUAUGCCGAAGGCAAUGCAUGGGACUGUUGGCACUGGCAGUAAGUAA